UGAUCCAACACGUUCCGCAAGGCUAAUUCCCCCGACUAGUCUCUCUCAUUUACUUGGACGUCGCAAGAAGGAUCGAGAACGGGCGCUACGCGACUACGCUAACCGACAUGGCUAAAGUGACAGCGGAAGAUAUUUGGGAAGCCUUAACACCGCUACCCUACAACUUUUGGAACUUCACCAUCAUCACAUCUCAGUUUCUAUACGAAAGGGUAUUAAUUGCACUUCUUACAAUCUACGCAGCAGUGUGGCUCUUAGUGCGGGCAAUACCAGCGGUUUUGAUCAUCUACGUAGCAGUCCGCUAUUGGCCUCAGCUUAAACGCUGUUUCUGGUCGUUUGCACAACCUGCUUUCAUCGGCGGUGUCAUCGCGUUGUCGUACUCAUGGGACCUAACGACAAGAUUCUUUACAUGGGCGUGGCCUCAAAUAUCUGCGAGUUUACAAGUGAGUAUACGAGCUUUGUUGCAAGGUUUGACUUGGACUAUUCAAGCUAUUAUCUCAGUAAUAAUUCGUGUCCUACAAGGUUUGUCACAAGUUUGGACUUGGACUGUUGGCGGUAGUGAUAGCAGCAGCAUUGAUGGAGACGGCAGAAAUAGUCAAGUCCCACAAGAUUUGCAAGAUUGGACUUGGACUAUUGACGGGGUAUCGCCCGUAUUUGAUCGUUUUGGAGACAGCAGAGAUAGAAACACCAGUGAUAGAGGCAUCUGUAAUAGAGAGAGCAGUGAAAGAGACAUCAGUGAUAGAAUUAUCAGUGAUAGAGACAGCAGUGAUAGACACCGAAGAAAUAGUCGUGUCCCACAAGGUUUUUCGUGGGAUUGGACUUUGAAUUUUGACGGAUACAACAGUGAUAGAGACCCAAGAAAUAGUCGUGUGCCACAAGGUUUCUUGCGAGAUUGGAUUUGGAAUUUUGACGAAUACACCAUUGAUAGAGACCGAAGGAAUAGCCGUGUCCCACAAAGUUUUACGCGGGAUUGGACUUGGAAUUUUGACGGAUACAACAGUGAUAGAAACCUAAGAAAUAGUCGUGUGCCACAAGGUUUUUGGCGAGAUUGGGUUUGAAAUUUUGACGGAUACAGCAGUGAUAGAGACCGAAGAAAUGGUCGUAUCGCACAAGGUUUUCGCGGGAUUAUACUUUGAAUGUUGACGGAUACAGCUAUGAUAGAGACAUCAGUGAUAGAAGUAUCUAACCUAUAUACUAGGGCUUCCUUCGCUUUCGGUGGUGUUUCCACGCAAGGAUAGCACCGGGACGGUAUUAUCACGUGUUGUUUCCUCCGUAAAGCGAAGGGAGGCCUAGUAACUCUUUAUG